AUGGAGCCUCCCCCUUCUCUGAGCUUGGCUCUGCUAGGAGGGAGCGAGGACGAGGACCAGCGCUUCCUCCUUCCCCUGGGCAGUAUCACACAUCCCGCCACCGCUGGCAACCAGCCAGGAUCCAACCACUCCAACCACAUGGGAGGAUCCAGCCUGGACCGUCUGAACGGCAGCACCCCAUCCCAGUCGCCUGCCACGCCCAACCUGCCCCCAACGUCGCUCCCCAAGUUGCCCCUGUCCUCCUCUGGAGCGCAGCCGCUGCCCCCGCCCAUCCCCAACGCCCUGCACCCCACCAGCACCCCGCUCUCCUCUUGCUUGGGUUCACAGCACAGCCUGAGCGGGGACAACUCCCCAGUCUACAACGCCCUCUUCUACGCCUCCCACUCGCCCUCCAUGGAGCGGGAGAGGGACAGGGAGCGGGACCGGGACAGGGAGCGAGAGAGGGGCUGCAAGCACCGGCAGGCCAGCCCGCUGGUCCACCGCAGGGACAGUAACCCCUUCACAGAGAUCGCCAUGAGCUCCUGUAAGUACACAGGUGGAGUCAUGAAGCCCCUGAGCCGCCUCAGCGCCUCCAGGAGAAACCUGAUCGAGUCAGACAGCAGCAGCGAAACCAAAGAGGGCGGCGUUUCGGCUGUUGCGGGGGCGACGGCCGCCGGGGGUCACGAGCGGCAGCGCGAGCCCCCUCCGACCUACGCGAUGACCCAGGCCUCCGCCAACCAGCCCCCCGCCCAGAGCCCCCCGGAGAUCGUCAUUUCGUCCAAAGAAGACUCGCCGUACCCCAGGAGCGCGUACGACAUCAGCGACUCCACGUCCAACCAGAUGUCCAUCUACCAUCAGAACCACGCGCUGGUGGAGAGCCGGCGGGCGCAGUCGGGGCGGGGGAGCCGGCAGGGAGGGGUCGGGGCGGUGGGCACCGGCGCCCGGGGCAGCACCUCCAAGGCCCCCAAACGGAAGAACCAAAACAUUGGCUAUAAGCUGGGCCACCGCAGGGCACUGUUCGAGAAAAGGAAGAGGCUGAGCGACUACGCCCUCAUCUUUGGGAUGUUUGGCAUCGUCGUCAUGGUGAUCGAGACGGAGCUGUCCUGGGGCGUGUACAGCAAGAGCUCCAUGUAUUCACUGGCCCUGAAGUGUCUGAUCAGCCUGUCCACAGUCAUCCUGCUGGGGCUCAUCAUAGCCUACCAUGCUCGGGAAGUCCAGCUGUUCGUCAUCGACAACGGAGCGGACGACUGGCGCAUCGCCAUGACCAUGGAGAGGGUUCUGCUCAUCGCCCUGGAGCUGCUGGUGUCGGCGGUGCACCCGGUGCCCGGCGACUUCAAGUUCCAGUGGCGCGCCCGGCUGGCCUUCUCGUACGCGCCUUCGCAGGCCGAGGCUGACCUGGACAUGGUGCUGAGCGUGCCCAUGUUCCUGCGCCUCUACCUCAUCGCCAGAGUCAUGCUCCUGCACAGCAAGCUCUUCACCGACGCCUCCUCCCGGAGUAUAGGUGCCCUAAAUAAGGUCCAUUUUAACACACGGUUUGUAAUGAAAACACUCAUGACCAUCUGCCCUGGGACGGUGCUGCUGGUCUUCAGCAUCUCUCUGUGGAUCAUCGCUGCCUGGACUGUACGGGUGUGUGAGAGGUAUCACGAUGCCCAGGAUGUGACCAGCAAUUUCCUAGGAGCCAUGUGGCUCAUCUCCAUCACUUUCCUGUCCAUCGGCUACGGAGACAUGGUUCCUCACACCUACUGUGGCAAAGGAGUCUGUCUGCUCACAGGCAUCAUGGGUGCUGGAUGCACGGCUCUGGUGGUUGCCGUGGUAGCCAGGAAGCUGGAGCUGACCAAGGCCGAAAAACACGUACACAACUUCAUGAUGGACACGCAACUCACCAAGAGGAUAAAGAACGCGGCGGCGAACGUGCUGCGGGAGACCUGGCUCAUCUACAAACACACCAAGCUGAUGAAGAAGAUCGACCACUCCAGAGUUCGCAAACAUCAGCGGAAGUUUCUCCAGGCUAUACAUCAAUUACGCAGUGUGAAAAUGGAGCAGAGGAAACUCAGCGAUCAGGCCAACACACUAGUGGACCUCUCGAAGAUGCAGAGCGUCAUGUACGAGCUCAUGUCCGAGCUCAACGACCGCAGCGAGGACCUGGAGCGCCAGAUGCUGUCCCUGGAGCAGCGGGUGGAGCAGCUCACGGCGGGCUUCAACGCGCUGCCGGCGCACCUCUCCGCGACGCUCAGCGCCCAGCACGCCGCCCUGGUCCACCUGCUCCGGGAGAGGGAUUCCAGGGACGGCAGAGGAGGGGGCGGCGGCGGCGGCGGCGGCGGUGGGGCCGUGGUCCCGCUGUCGCCGGCCGCCUCCUUACCGACCGCGACCCCGACGACGCCGGUGUCUCCGGUGCAGGCCGCGUCUCCCACACAACCCUCAUUUCAGGUCUCGACUCCAGCCUUGGAGUCCCCCCUGUCGCCCCCGCCCCAGAGCCCCGAAGGGAGCCAGGAGGCCAGUCCCAACGCCUGCACCUCCAGCUGCUGAGGACAGCUCCCGGGACCAGGAAGAGACAGAUCUGGGAACCAAACAGGGAGAGAAAGAGAGAGAGAAAGAGAGAGAGAGAGAGAGAGAGACGGUGUCGGCGCUCUCACUUCAGACUACAGGAGAGAAAUGAGGGAGGAGGUGAGAAAUGUGCGGCGAUCCUCUGAAACUAACGCUUCACGAGGGAGGGAGGAACGCGGGACGACGAGGAGGAAUAAUGGGAUUAAGAUGGAGGGCCGGUAUGACUGAUGAGACAUGUUAGCAACUUUGGGGUGCUUUUUCUUGACGGAGGAAGGAGAAGAAAAAUGGAGACUCUACAAGGUGUGAGGGGGAGGAAGGAUGUCAGAAUGCUGAGAAAUGGAGGUGGAGAGACUGGGGAGGGGGAAGAAAAGAGGAGGAGAAAUAACGAGGAAUAAUUAUAUGAACUCCUAAAUGGAAUCCACUCCAAUUACUGAAAAAGGCCUUUUAUUCUCUUUAUCUCUCUUUCCUCUUUCUCCGUCUCUCCCUCCGUUCUUCCCCCUCUCCCAAUCUCUCACUUGCUUCAUCAGGAAUUAAUGACCAUGACUUUUUAUCCUUAUGAUGUAUUUUCUAUCUGAAUGCUAAUUGUGUGUUAACGAGCAUCCCUUUAACAGAAGGUUCGAUCAAUACGACCAUGAUAA